GGGCUGAGUGUGGGGGACGUUCUCCGCACGUUUUCUGCCUUUUCUCUGUUCACACCAAAAUGUUGCUCAGAAAUGUGAAAAGCUGGGCUGUAGCAGGGCCCUAGCAUCUGGAUUUGACCGCUGUAGCGGUCAUAAAGAUAUGUAUCAGUGCUUCUCGUGGGGCUGGAGUAAGCUGGAUAGACACUUGAAGAAAGCAGCGUAACCUCGUGACAAGAUGCUGAGCAGUCCUGCUGGAGAAAGUAAAGAAAUGACCCAGGCAGCUGAGACACCGAAUGCAGGGACCAGUUUUUCAGAUCGCGGAUAUCUGUGACCAAGAGACCUCUUGAACAGCUUUGAAGAGCUCUGUCAUCUGAGGCAACGGACAAAGCGACCGUGGUCCUAGGAGGCGCAGUGUUGAAUUAAAGCACUAUCAGCUCAGAAGCUCAACCCGUAAGGAGAGCCUGUAGCCUGUUUGUGCUGACCACAAGCAGCUGAGCACAGCAUCAUGACAAGCCAUCGGGCAGUGAAAUCCUACAAGAAAUCUUCUGUCCCAGGAGUAAAUAUUGCCCAAUUUGUGGAUAAGAUUCCAGAAGGAUGCAGUACACCUGACUUUGAGCGGAAACCUGUCACUCUAACAUUGCAGGAAGGUAAAAAUGCCAUUUUCAGAGCAGUGGUCAAAGGUGUUCCAACCCCUGAGGUGAAAUGGAGGCGUGCAAAAGGAGAAAUGGACGAUCCUGACAAAUAUGAAAUAUUCUUCAAUAAAGUUAUAAAUGAAUACGUUCUGAAGAUAAAUAAGCUCACUGUAGACGACACUGAUGUGUACCGUUGCUUUGCUGUAAAUGAAUAUGGGGAAGCUACAUGCUCUGCCGGCCUCAGGAUCAUACAGGUUGGCUUUAAGAGGAAAGCACAAUAUGUUCCUGCUCAGUCUGCUGAUGAAUUGAAGAAGAAGCUUCAGGACCUCAGGAAGCUGCUGAGGAAGCGGGCCCCAGUACCAAAACAAAAAACACUGGAUAAAGAAGCAAUCUUUCAACUGUUACUACACGCAGAUAGAAGAGAUUAUGAGAAAAUCUGUAUUAAAUAUGGAAUUUCUGACUUCCGUGGCAUGCUGAGAAAGCUUCAGGAGAUGAGAAGGGAUGCAGAGAGUGAACAAGGAGAGUUAAUUCACAGUAUCAAAAAUAUGCAACAUAUCAAGGUCAACAAGGAUGGAACUGCUACAUUUGUCCUAGAGAUGGACCUGAAAAAUAGUAACAGCAAAAUUUAUCUGCUUAAGGAUGGUGAGAGGCUCAGAUAUGGAACAGGGGAUGAAUACAGAAAGCACUACCUGAGGCGGAUUGGAAAAAGGUAUAAUUUCAUUGUCAACGAUGUGCAGCCAGAAGAUGCAGGCUUAUAUCAAGUCAGAGUGGAAGAAGUACCUGUUUUCUCAACUGAACUGGAUGCUGAAUCCAUCCCUGUGAGAUUUCAGCAGCCACUCAGUGAUGUGCGUUGUCCCGAGAAGGGAAAUGCUGUCUUUGAGUGUACCCUACGCAGUCCUUGCUAUGAUGCUGUGUGGCUACAUAAAACCCACCCCCUUGAGGCAAGUGAGAAGCACCAGAUCUCCAUGACCCCUGACGGUUUGACCCAUCAGCUUGUUAUCAAUGAUGUUGUGGCCUCUGACAAUGGCAUGUACACACUCGACACUGGACUCUGUUCCUCAAAUGCCUAUCUUCUUGUAGAGUAUCCCAAAGGAAAAAAGAGACAGGAUGAAGGAGGUGAAAAAGAGAAAUCUGACUGGCGGAAAGAAACAUUGACAGAUAAAGACGGGGCUAAGAAACCUAAACGCAGAGAACAUCUUAGUGAUAAAGAUCAUCUUACGGAUGCUGGCAUGGAAAAAGAUGACUGGUACAGAAAUGGCCAAGAAGGCAGUCAAGGCUACUCUACUGAUGUUGAUGAAGGAUAUAUAUUUCUGGGAAAAGAGGGGCUACGCAAAACGUACAGAGAUGGAACAAUGGGGCCUGGGCAGUUUUCUGGAGCAGAGAGAGAUGGAGAAUCAAUGACAGAUGAUGACAGUAACAGACUAAAAAUUUUAGGAGGGAAAAAAGGUUUAAGGGCUGUACACAGCCAGGAUUCUAUGACAGGUAGAGCAAAUACUGAUGAUAGAGCAGGAGGAGCAGAUGAAUGGUGUUCUGUGGAUGGCAGAGAUGAGGGUAUGUUGGAUGCAGUUGAUAUUGACAUGGAUGAUGCAGAAGGUAUGGAUUCUUGGCAUGACAAAAAUUAUAAAGUAGGUGAUAAUAGUUCUAGAGCUGGCUUUGGUGGUAUCAAGAGAUUAGGUGCUACUGAUGGAAGUUCUGUGUUAGAUGGACUUGAUCCUGAUUCAACCAGAGUGGGAGACAAGCAUUCCCUGUAUGGUAAGGAUGAUAUGCUAGGUGGGACUAGAUCUGGUAAGAAUGCUGCAGGUACUGAGACUGCAGGAGGAAUGAGAUCCCCCUAUAGCAAGGAUGGUCUGCCUACUGUGGCUGGUGUGAAUGGAGUCGGUAUAAAAAGAGAAGGAGAAACAGGGGCUCUGUAUGGCAAGGAUGGCUUAACAGUUGAUGCUGGUGGUCAUGUAGGCCAGGCAGGAAGAUCUGGCUUGCUGUAUGGCCCAGGUGGUCUCUCAGCUGGAGAUGGGGCUAGAACUGGUGCAGGUGGCAGUUCAGCAGGAGAAAUGGGGGUACUCUAUGGUCCAGAUGGUCUACCAGUUGGGGCAGAUGUUAAUGACGCUACUGCAGGUAAAAUGGGAGGGUUCUACGGUAAACAUGGACAAUCAGGGUCUCCCUAUGGAAAGGAUGGUCUCCCAGCUGGGGUUGGUAUAGGUGGUGCAGGAGGUAUUGGCUCUCCCUAUGGAAAAGAUGGCCUUCCAGUGGGAAUGGGAACUGGGGCUGGUAUUGGUGGGGCUGGUGUAGGUGGUCUUGGUGGUGCUGGAUCUCCCUAUGGAAAGGAUGGUCUUCCGGCUGGGGCUGGUGUUGGUGGUGCUGGUGCAGGUGGUUUUGGAGGUGCUGGAUCUCCCUAUGGAAAGGAUGGUUUCCCAGGUAGAGCUGGGACUGGCAUAGGUGGUGCUGGUGUAGGUGGUUUUGGAGGUGCUGGAUCUCCCUAUGGAAAGGAUGGUCUCCCAGCUGGAGCUGGCGCUGGUAUUGGUGGUGCUGGUGCAGGUGGUUUUGGAGGUGGUGGAUCUCCCUAUGGAAAGGAUGGUCUCCCAGCUGGAGCUGGGACUGUUGCUGGUGGUGCUGGUGCAGGUGGUCUGGGAGGUGUUGGAUCUCCCUAUGGAAAGGAUGGCCUUCCAGUGGGAAUGGGACCUGGGGCUGCUGGGGCUGGUAUUGUUGGGGCUGGUGCUAGUGGUCUGGGAGGUGUUGGUUCUCCCUAUGGAAAGGAUGGUCUCCCAGCUGGAGUGGGUGGUGCAGGUGCAGGUGGUGCAGGGGGAGUUGGUUCUCCCUAUGGAAAGGAUGGUCUCCCUGCUGGGGCUGGUGUUGGUGGUGCUGGUGUAGGUGGUUUGGGAGGUGUUGGGUCUCCCUAUGGAAAGGAUGGUCUCCCAGCUGGGGCUGGUAUUGGUGGUGCUGGUGCAGGUGGUUUUGGAGGUGUUGGGUCUCCCUAUGGAAAGGAUGGUCUUCCGGCUGGGGCUGGUGUUGGUGGUGCUGGUGUAGGAGGUUUGGCAGGUGUUGGUUCUCCUUAUGGCAUGGAUGGUCUCCCAGCCGGAGUGGGUGGUGCUGGUGCAGGUGGUUUUGGAGGUAUUGGUUCUCCCUAUGGAAAGGAUGGUCUUCCUGCUGGGGCUGGUGUUGGUGGUGCUGGUGCUAGUGGUCUGGGAGGUGUUGGGUCUCCCUAUGGAAAGAAUGGUCUCCCAGCUGGAGCUGGGACUGUCGCUGGUGGUGCUGGUGUAGGUGGUUUUGGAGGUGUUGGGUCUCCCUAUGGAAAGGAUGGUCUCCCAGCUGGAGCUGGGGCUGGUAUUGGUGGUGCUGGUGUAGGUGGUUUGGGAGGUGUUGGGUCUCCCUAUGGAAAGGAUGGUCUCCCUGCUGGGGCUGGGACUGGUGUUGGUGGUGCUGGUGCAGGUGGUCUGGGAGGUGUUGAGUCUCCCUAUGGAAAGGAUGGUCUCCCAGCUGGGGCUGGUGUUGGUGGUGCUGGUGCAGGUGGUUUUGGAGGUGUUGGAUCUCCCUAUGGAAAGGAUGGUCUCCCAGCUGGAGCUGGGACUGUUGCUGGUGGUGCUGGUGCAGGUGGUCUGGGAGGUGUUGGGUCUCCCUAUGGAAAGGAUGGUCUCCCAGCUGGAGCUGGCGCUGGUAUUGGUGGUGCUGGUGCUAGUGGUCUGGGAGGUGUUGGGUCUCCCUAUGGAAAGGAUGGUCUCCCAGCUGGAGCUGGUGCUGGUAUUGGUGGUACUGGUGCUAGUGGUCUGGGAGGUAUUGGGUCUCCCUAUGGAAAGGAUGGUCUCCCAGCUGGAGCUGGCGCUGGUGUUGGUGGUGCUGGUGCAGGUGGUCUGGGAGGUGUUGGGUCUCCCUAUGGAAAGGAUGGUCUCCCUGCUGGAGCUGGGGCUGGUGUUGGUGGUGCUGGUGCAGGUGGUCUGGGAGGUGUUGGGUCUCCCUAUGGAAAGGAUGGUCUCCCAGCUGGAGCUGGCGCUGGUAUUGGUGGUGCUGGUGCAGGUGGUCUGGGAGGUGUUGGGUCUCCCUAUGGAAAGGAUGGUCUCCCUGCUGGAGCUGGGGCUGGUGUUGGUGGUGCUGGUGCAGGUGGUUUUGGAGGUGUUGGGUCUCCCUAUGGAAAGGAUGGUCUCCCUGCUGGAGCUGGGGCUGGUGUUGGUGGUGCUGGUGCAGGUGGUUUUGGAGGUGUUGGGUCUCCCUAUGGAAAGGAUGGUCUCCCUGCUGGAGCUGGGGCUGGUAUUGGUGGUGCUGGUGCAGGUGGUUUUGGAGGUGUUGGGUCUCCCUAUGGAAAGGAUGGUCUCCCUGCUGGAGCUGGGGCUGGUGUUGGUGGUGCUGGUGCAGGUGGUUUUGGAGGUGUUGGGUCUCCCUAUGGAAAGGAUGGUCUCCCUGCUGGAGCUGGGGCUGCUGGGGCUGGUGUUGGUGGUGCUGGUGCAGGUGGUUUUGGAGGUGCUGGAUCUCCCUAUGGAAAGGAUGGUCUCCCAGCUGGAGCUGGGGCUGGUGUUAGUGGUUCAGGUUUAGCUGGUGCAGGGGGAGUUGGUUCUCCUUAUGGUAAGGAUGGUUUCCCGGCUGGGGCUGGUAUUGGCGGUGCUGGUGUAGCUGGCUUGGGAGGUGUUGGGUCUCCAUAUGGAAAAGGUGGCCUUCCAGUGGGAAUGGGAACUGGGGCAGGUGUUGGUGGUGCUGGUGCAGGUGGUUUUGGUGGUGUAGGGUCUCCCUAUGGAAAGGAUGGUCUCCCAGCUCAGGCUGGUGGUAGUAUAACUAGUGCAAGGGGGGCUGGAUCUUCCUAUGGAAGAGAUGGUCUGUCAAGUGGUGCUGCGGCAGGAGUAGCUCAUUUUCCUUUUGGAGGUGAAGAAGUAACGGGUUCACACCAUGGUCGGGAUGCUGGGCUGAGCAGUGUUCAAGGAUAUGGAGGUGGAGCAGGAGGAGCUGGCUUAUCUUCAGAGGGCAGGGGUGUUGGUGGCUCUGCCAUACAAGGUGCUGGGUCUGCAUAUGGAAAGGAUGGGGGUUCAGCUGGAGGCAGGGCUGGAGGGGGUGGUGUUGGCAGGUUGGGAGGUGAUGGAAAGGAGUUACAUUCAGCCUGGGGUACAGAAGGUAUGGCAGGAGCUGUUGGAAUAGGUGGCAAAUAUGGGCUUGAUUUAUGUCCCGGCAAAUCUGCACGAGGUGAAGCUGGAAAGGGAACUGCUGGUGAUUUCAGAGGGCCAGGCCACAAAGGCUCAUCCCAUGACGAAGAAUCAGAUCAAAGGGAUGGUAGGGGUGAGGACAGGGAUUUAGGACGGUUAGGCUCCUGCUAUGGCAAAGAUUCUGCCGCUGGAGGGGCAGGGAGCAAAUCUCAUAACAGAUUGGGUGACAGGGGGAAGCCAGGUGUUUUCGGUCAAGGUUCACCAGGUUAUGAUCAGACAUCAAACCUUUAUGGUGGACCCUCCUCAAUAAACCAGAGAAAACAGCUACCCAGCCUUGAUAUUAAAACAAAUGAUUUCUUGAAGAAUACGGAAAGUACAGAAAAAAGAGGACAUUAUCGCCUAGAUGAUCUGAGAGCACCACGCUGCCAUGUCAACAAGCAGUUAAUUGAUGUCCGAGUCCGGAAAGGGGAACCAGCUGAGCUGUCUUGCGCUGUCAAUAAAGAAGAUGUGACAGCAACCUGGUUUAAAGAUGGAUUAAAGUUAACAAGCAUGGAUGGAGUCUUAUUUGAAAAGCAAGGUCUAGUCCACAAACUAAUUUUUAGCAAAGUGGAAGAUAUUCAUGCUGGGAAAUACAGGUUUGAAGCUGGAGAUAUAAAAACUGAAGCUUCAAUUUUUGUUGAAGAUCCUCCACAGGUUGACAAAGUUCUCCUGAAAAACUUAACAAGUGUUCCUACUGUGGCCAAGGCAGGGGAGAAAAUAAAGAUCAAGGUCCCUUUUGAAGGCCGGCUGCCAGUUAGAGCAACAUGGCUAAAGGACAAAAUGGAGCUAGCAGAUGACUCAAGGAUUCGUGUUGAUAAAACAGACACCUAUACUAUGCUGUCCAUCUCCAACACUGAGAGAAAAGACCGUGGGGAUUACAAAGUCAGGCUGAAGAAUGACAGUGGCAUCUUAGAUAUCGACCUAAAGGUUGAGGUAACAGACAAGCCACAGCCACCUGCAGGACCCAUGAAAAUUGUAGAAAGCUCUGCAAAUGACAUCACGAUUCAGUGGAAACCCCCAAAGGAUGAUGGGGGCAAACCAGUGCAAAGCUAUAUUGUUGAAAGGCAGCAGGUAGGCGAGGGCGACUGGGUGGCUCUUGGGGAAAUCCCCAGGAGCUGUACUACCUUCACUACCAACAAAGUGGAACGAGACAUGAGCUACUACUUCAGGGUGAGGGCUGUGAAUGCAGAGGGAACCAGCGAUGCCCUGGAAUCAGAAGAAGUAAAGGCUGUCAGUAAAGCUACACCUGGUGCCCCAGACCCCCCUGAGAUCAUUAGUGUCAGCAAAGACACCAUCACAAUAUCCUGGAAAACACCUCGUAGAACUGGCAGCUCCCGAAUCGUGGGAUACAUCAUUCAAAAACGCAAGAAGGGUACCAUGACCUGGGUGCCAGUCAACAGUGUACCCAUAGCAGAUAAGAAGCUGAAAAUGACCAAUCUCAAGAAGGGUCUGCAGUAUGAAUUUUGUGUGGCAGCGGUCAAUGCUUCUGGUGUAGGAGAUAUCAGUGCGCCAUCACAGCCUGUCUUUGCUCGAGAUUCCACAAAACCUCCAGGUCAAGUGAGGGACCUCGCAGUGACCAGCAGUGACAGCACUAGUGUCACCCUAACAUGGAAGAGACCUGAAGUAAAAGAUGGGAAUGAUGUGAAAGGCUAUGACGUGGAGGUACGGUCUUCUAACAACCUCGACUGGACCAGAUGCAACGUUCUUCCUAUAGAGAUGACCAGUUACACAGUUAAAGGCCUGAAAAACAAGGAGCUGUACUUCUUACGUGUGAGAGCCCUCAAUGACUGUGGCCCAGGAGAAGCUGCAGAGCUUGAAGCUUUCACUGAAGCUGAUUCCAGUGUUGUUUCUCCUAGGUUCUUAAUAGAUGACACAGUGAAAAAUCUCCUGAUUAUAAAAGCAGGAAAUGCUAUCCGAAUGGAUAUUCCUUUCGAGGCGUCUCCAGAUCCGCAGGUGACCUGGUUAAAGGAUGGGCUUCCUCUUUCAAACCGGGCUACAAUAAGCACCAAAGAUGGUACCUCCCAGCUGCUGAUUAAAGCAGCUGAGUUGACUGACAGCGGCACUUACACCAUUGAGCUCAAGAACGGGUCAGGGAAAAGAGAAACAUUCAGCUUCCAAGUUCAAGUUACAGAUAUCCCACAAAACCCUGGACCUAUUCUACUGCAAGAGAAUGUGCCAAAUGCAGUGACAGUAACCUGGGAGCCAUCAGCAUCUGAGAAAUGGGAAAGCAAUCUCUACUAUACGGUUCUGAAACGUGAAUCACAGAAGGGCUUGUGGCACGUGGUGGGUGACCUGAUCUACACCAACAAAUUCACAUACACCAAAGUGAUCCCAGGCCGUGACUACUACUUUAGGGUUGUGGCAAAAAAUGAGUUGGGAACCAGUGGUCCAUCUGAAACUGUGCAGCCUUGGAGAAUUAAAAAAACAAAGGCUGAAGUUCAUGUCAGACCACAGAAAUACAGAGGAGUUAAUCAAAACCAGCCCCCGAGAUUCCUCGUCCCGUUGAAGCCUCAUGUGGUGACUACUGGGAGCGAGUGCCGUAUGAGCUGUGCUGUUGCAGGCCACCCACCUCCAAAGAUCACUUGGUAUAAGGACAGUAGAGACCUCUCCAGUGAUCCUGCCUAUUUUGGCACAAAUGACUUUGGUGUCUGCUCCCUGGUGAUCCAAGGGGUCUCAAAAGCUGAUGAAGGAGAAUACAUGGUUGAAGCCGCCAAUGAAUUGGGCCGUGUGUUCACCCGAGCCUUCCUCGCUAUUAAAGGUAACAAUCUUUAA